AUGGGAAGAAGCUGUACCGCGAGAAAAUAUGUACCCUACCCAAGUGCCCUUCUUGCCCUUCUGCCGUUCACAGGUUCCUCCAUCACCCAUAUAUCUAAUUUGCUGACGCUGCCCCCUUUCCGCGGUGGUGUCCUCAUACCGACUCCAGCUCGAGCGUGGCAGAAAGAGAUUGAAGGUACGAAGCUGAAGAAAGUAACCUCCAGCCUUGCAGCUGAGGCGCUAGACCGGAUGUGGUCAAGCGCUGGUCCCCGGCCGGGGAAUGCCCAGAAAAUGCCAAGGCGCAACCCGCAAAAACUGGGCCCCCAAAGCGGCAGGGGGCUAGCCUGA